UGGUAGUACAUGUACAUACCAUAUUACGCUUACGGUGGUUUUACAGGAAAAACAUAACCUGUAGUUAAGUAAUAUUCUGUUUUAAUCUUAUUGUCAAUGUAAAUAUACAAUGGCAGACAUAGAAAUACUUAAUAAUGUUAUACAUACGGUCGAUAAUAAUACUAAAAAGCCGGAACAAUUUUUAAGCGUGCAAAAUGACGUUGCCCUAGAUUUCAGAAAAUGUACAAAACGAUUAUAUGAUUUUACGAAAGAACAGUCAAAAAGAAACACAAAUGCUCUGCCAGAACUUGUGACAGAAGGUUUUGAUGAGGAACAGAUCUGGCAGCAGCUUGAAUUACAAAAUGAAGGUGAACUUGACCACCUGAUUAAUAGUGUUUCAAAGGCUUUAGCUGAAAGUAAGAAGUUAAUAAUACCAAUCAAUGCUGUCAAACCUAAACUUGUGCAAAACAAUAAAGAAGAUUCAUCAGAAGAAGAAAAGGAAGAAAAUCAAGAAGAAGAGGAAGAAGAUGAUUUAGAAUUAAAGAUAUCAGGGGAAGAGUCUUCUGAAGAUGAAAUAAAAUUACGAAGUAGUUUAAGGAAAGAGAAUGUCAAAAACCAUAAAAAGAAAUCAUCCAUAGUGGAUGAUAAAUUCUUCAAACUGGAAGAAUUGGAUGAAUAUCUGACAAAGGAGGACAAGAAAGAGAAACAAAGUGCAAAAAACGAGGUGGGAUCUGAUGAUGAAUCACUAGAUUUAUUCAAUGACCUUUCUGGUGAAGAUAAUACUGAGGAAGCAAAAUUGGUGAAGUAUGCAGAUUUCUUUGACAAUCCACAAAGUGAAGAUGAGAAUCAUAAUGAUUCUGUGUAUCACAAGGACAAAGAUGGUAAAGAAAUAGAUGAUGAUGAGUCAUUGAAUGAUGAUGGUGACUUAGAUAAUGAAAUGGAAGUGGAUAGUGAGGAACAGCCUUCUAAGAAGAAAGUCACAUUCAAUCUCACAAAUGACUCUGAUGAAACAGAUAGUAUAGAAAAUAAGAAUACUAGUGUAAAGGAAGAUACACAGGUGAAAUCUACUCUAGAAACCCGUCAAGAGAGGUUAAAAAAGAGAAUUGAACAACUAGAACAAGAAGCUAUUGCAGAGAAACCUUGGCAACUCAAGGGUGAAGUGUCUGGAACACGUAGACCACGUAAUUCUUUGCUAGAAGAAUUUGUGGAGUUUGACAUCACAACUAGACCUCCACCUGUCAUUACUGAGCAAACAACAUUAAAAUUAGAAGAUAUAAUUAAACAAAGGAUAAAAGACAAAGCUUGGGAUGAUGUUGAAAAGAAAUUUAAGCCAGUUGAGACUCCAUUAGAAUAUAAGAAGAAGCUAAUUUUAAACCAAGAAAAGAGUAAAGAAAGUUUGUCUCAAAUUUAUGAAAAUGAAUACCUCAAACAGAAACAAUCAUUAAAUCCAGAUGACAAUGAAAAGGAGGAAGAGGAACCACCAUUACACAUUCAAAUCAGACAGAUGAUGCAUUCUGUGUUCUCCAAGUUGAAUGCUUUAUCUAACUAUCACUACACUCCAAAAAUGGCCAAGCCAGAAAUGAAAAUUGUUACCAAUAUUCCUGCGAUUAACAUGGAGGAAGUAGCUCCGGUGGGAAUGAGCGAUGCUACCUUAUUAGCGCCAGAAGAAAUUAAAGCAAAACCGCGAGGUGAUCUGAUUGGUAAAGCGGAAAGAACGAAGACGGAUAUGAAACGACAACGAAGACGUAAGAAGAUAAAACAACGCGCGCGACAACAAGCCAUAGAAGAAAAAGAAAAAUUGAUAGCACUAAAACCAGGAGUUGCCAAGAAAUACAAGAAAGAAAAGGCGGCACAAUUGGCGAAAAAACUGAGCAACAAUCGAAACAUCAUACAAAUGGACGAGACAGGUGUCAAAGCUCCGAAAUCGUCUACCGCCUUCUUUAAUCAAUUGCAAGAAGAGGUGAAAAGUCACAUUAAAACAAAGAUUGGUGCAAAUAAGAAAAAGAAAGAAAAGAAUACUCUUUCUGCGGUGAAAUUAAAAUUAUAA